UAUUGUAAAUGAGUAUCUAUUGUUACAGUUUCCCAUAGUAUAAACUGUAUGAUCGUUUUGAAUUAGCUUGGUAAAAAAUCAUCGAAAAUGGACUCCACACAAAACCUUGGAGCAACUGGAAAUAUUGUUAGCCAUGAAGCAUUGGACGAGACCUCGUUUGUAGGAAACAUAAUACGGGAGAUUUUGUAUAGUCCGAUGAACCUAGCUCUUUUAGCAGUAAUAGUUUUUCUUGUAUACAAAAUAGUGCGUGAUCGCACCGAAGUUCCAAGUUCCAGUGUUCAGAAACCAGCUGAACCAGAACUUCCCAAAAUGCGACGCGAUUUUACUGUAAAAGAACUACGACAGUACGAUGGAAAUCAACUUGAUGGCCGUGUAUUGGUGGCAGUUAAUGGAAAUGUUUACGACGUUAGCAAAGGAAAACGCUUUUAUGGGCCAGGAGGACCCUAUUCUACAUUCGCUGGAAGAGACGCUUCACGAAAUUUGGCAACAUUUAGCGUGGUUUCAAAUGACAAGGAUGAAUUUGAUGACCUAAGCGACUUGAGUGCCGUAGAAAUGGACUCAGUGCGGGAAUGGGAAAUGCAGUUUAAGGAAAAAUAUGAGCUUGUGGGCAAGCUGCUACGUACAGGAGAGGAGCCUGCCAACUAUGAUGACGACGAUGACGAUGAAAAUACUGUUAACAGUGAAGAAAAUGUUGUUGCCCCACCAGCCAAUGUUUUAAGCGAACAAAGCGAUGGUUUGGUCAAACGCAAGACGGACAAUGUUUCAUCGGAAACGGAAAAGGAUGUUAAAAAAAACAUAGCGGAUAGUAACAUUUUACUUGCAAAACCUUCAACUGAAAGCGGCCCAAAGGGGGAAUUACCCUCAAAAGAUUGUUAGCAAGGGAAAAGCUCACAAUUUUAGAAAUCUUUGUAGCUUCAAUACAUAAUCGGUAACCGAAGAAGCAUUCAGCGACUUUGUUAUUAUUUUCUAAAUUAUAUUUGUUAUUGUAAAAGUUUAAAACAAACAAUUUGGUAUGUUGGAAAAACUGAAUAAGAUCACUAAAACGAAUCGAUGUAGAGCAUUAUUAUGAUGGUAGACAAAAGCACUCAGUGCACGCAUACAUAAAUAUGUAUUUUUGUUACAAACUUAUUUUCGUUAUGUGAUUUUGUUCAAUAAGUUAAUGAAAAACAAAAAAUCGAUCAUGACGUCAACAUCAAGAUUCAAUAAUAUUGAAUCAAAGGGCAUGGGAAAAUAACGUAAUAUUAUACAAGUUUAAAAUUGUAUAUAACUAUUGCAUAUGUGUAUAUGUAUCUAAA